AUGGCGUUGAAAGCGUUGCUUGUGACAGCAAUAUCAGCCGCGAGCCUUAUCAAUGCCCAAUUCCCUCCGACACCGGAAGGAGUCAAAGAGCUGCAAUCGAAAUUCCAUCCCGGCGUGAGGAUAUCCUACAAGGAGCCAGGACUCUGUGAAACGACGCCUGGAGUAAAGUCUUAUGCUGGAUAUGUUCAUCUCCCACCUCAUGCCUUGAACGAGACGCAUGAGGACAACAACUACCCAUUGAACACAUUUUAUUGGUUUUUUGAGUCAAGAAAAGAUCCUGCGAAUGCACCACUUGCUAUCUGGCUCAAUGGCGGGCCAGGAGGAAGCAGUAUGAUUGGGGCAUUGUCGGAGAAUGGUCCUUGUUUCGUCUCCAACGAUUCCAAAACUACUUACCUGAAUCCUUGGUCGUGGAACAACGAAGCAAACCUACUCUUCAUCGACCAGCCAAACCAGGUCGGUUACUCUUAUGAUAUCCCGACGAAUGUCACUGUAGACCUCGCCAACGAGGGCGGCUUGGAGAAUGGUGGGAUCCAGCCCACGGACUUUUCAGACGGAGUUCCUGAAACGAACAACACUUUCCUCGUCGGGACCGUGUCUAGCCAGAACAUCAACAAUACCGCCAACAGCACUCAGCAUGCUGCCGUAGCACUAUGGCACAUGGCCCAGACUUGGUUCGAAGAAUUCCCACAAUACAAGCCCAAUGAUGAGCAAAUCGCGCUCUUCACGGAGUCAUAUGGUGGUCACUACGGUCCCGGUUUCUGGGACUACUUCGCCCAUCAGAACGCCAAGAUCGACAAAGGAACCAUUGAUGGCCACAAACUCCACCUCACCACUCUCGGAGUAAUCAACGGCUGCAUCGACGCGCCAGACAUGAUUUCCUCAGAAAUCACAUUCGCCUACAACAACACCUACGGAGUCGAAGCCAUCACCAAAGCAGAAUACGAACACAGCAUGCACGAAUUCUACAAGUCCRGCGGUGCUCUCGACGGUAUCAACCAAUGUCGAGAAAUGGCCCGUAAAACUGAUCCGCACGACCACGGAGAUGUCGAGAAGACCAAUACAUUUUGUUCCAAUGCGAGCCAGCAGGCUACCAAUAUCAGUGAUGGAACCUUUGUUCGAGCUGCGAAAGGAGGUAGAUUCGACAUCACUCAUGAAGCUACGGAUCCCUUCCCACCGCCCUACAUGAUUGGCUGGCUCAAUCAGCAUGAGACGCAGCGAGCCUUUGGAGUUCCUGUCAAUCACUCUUGGGUUUCUCCCACAGUCGCUCAUGCAUUCUCACGCACUGGGGAUCUUGUGAAAGGGGGACAGAAGGAUCAAAUCGCAUWCUUAUUGGAGCACGGGGUGAAUGUUGCUCUAUUCCACGGAGAUCGUGAUUUCGCUUGCAAUUGGAUAGGAGGAGAAAACACCUCCCUAAACAUCCCCUGGACGCACGCCAAAGACUUCGCCAAAGCAGGCUACACGCCUCUAAUCACCUCCACUACUCCAGGGGGGAUGGAGGAGGAAACCGGUCUAAUCCGCCAAUUCGGAAAUUUUUCUUUCACCCGGGUUUUCCAAGCCGGACACAUGGUCCMUUCAUACCAACCGGAAGCCGCCUAUAGAAUUUUCAUGCGAGCGCUCACGGGGAAAGAUGUUGCCACUGGGACCGUGGAUUUACGGGAAUAUCAAGCUACGCAUAAGGAUCAAUAUUCGACUUCUGGUCCGAGGGAUACGUGGUGGAGGAAGAAUUCAGUGCUGCCUGCUCCGUUGCAUGAGUGUUAUGUUCUUGAUAUGGAGGGGCGGUGCUCUGUGGAGGAGAUUGGAUGGAUUUUGAAUGGGACUGCGGUUGUUGAGGACUUUAUUGUAGUUGGUCAUGUUGAUGAUGAUGAUGAUGAUGAGAAGGAGGAGGAGGAGAAGAAGGUGGAGCAACUUGAUCUACAUGGUGGACAGCAUCCGCUCAUGGGAGAUUGGUGA